AUGCUCAGUCAAGGAGCGGGUAUGGCGAGCGACGAAGAAAACGAUAAUACAAGUCAAAUCACGAGAGAAGUAAGCGAAAUUGCGAAACAUUACAAAACCGAGCAUCAUUUCAGGAAGAGCGCCUCUCCUACGAGAUCUAUUAUUACAUCAACAACACCAUUGUAAGUAGAAGAAAGAAUGUGCAAAAACUCGAAAAUAAUAAACUUUUCAGUGCGAGAGAGGAGUUGUCAAAAUCAGCGAUUUGAAAAAAAUCUAUCAGAAAGCGGUUUCCAAUGAUAAAUCGAUCGCAUUCAGACCGUUGCAGGACGUUCUCAAAACAAUCAACGAGAAUUUCAUUCAUUGGCAAGGAUGGAGAGUAAGUGGCAAGAAGCGAUCCAUUGAGAAACACGUGCAGUGAAGAAAGGGAGAGAGCUCAGCACCGACCCGUAAACUUAGGCCUAUUUCUGUGUGCCAUGACUUCAAAUACGUGUUCCGGCCAGGCUUUCGCGGUUCGCGGCCCCGGCCAAAUGUCCUUAAAUCCAUCAACCUCCGAAAUAAUAACCGUUCCGUUUCAGGCCGUUCAAUGCGACGACCGUAUCACAUACGUGGACGUUCACAAAAAGGGAUCCGGCGGAGACACGCUUCCGAACGAGACGGAGCGGGUGAUCGGAGUGCUGAAAAACGCCCUGAUGUACGUGUUCGUGGCGACGAAGCCGAGUUCAAGGUUUCCGGGAGUCACCCACGAGGAUCUCAUGAAUUAUAUGGUCGGUUUCCUUUUUUGUCUUUUCCAGAUAGUUUCCAAAUAGAAACCUUUCUCAGGAAAGUUCGCUUUCGACUUCUGCCGAUCACAAAUUGUCGCAAAGUCACAUGGAACUGCUGAAAAAGCAAAUCGCGCCGAACGCGCGUGCCGACUUCAUCAGAAAGGGAUAUUUGACUUUCUCGAAGUCGGUGAACGAGAAUGACGAGGAAGUCUUCCGUUACGAAUGGGGACCGACCGCCCGACAGUCUGUUGAUCCGACCGAACUCGUGCGUCUCUUCCAAAAACUGACGGGAAUGUCUUCUUCGCAGCUGAAAGAGCAGACGGAAAGAGCGGUGGAAAUGAAGACAUAUCAGUUGGAUGCGGCUAAGGUGAGCUGUAAAGACCACGUCAAAAUUGUUUCGUUAACUUCGCCUUUCAGAACGGCGUUGUCAUUACAACCAGAGGAGGAAAAUAG